CGCACGGCUGGUUACGCGUGGCUUCCGGUGUCGUGAUUGCUAGCUUGUGUUCUUCAGACUCGGCUCGUUUUUCUGUAUAAAGUAGGAAAAAUACGCUGCUGGCGGGCUGAGCCAGACCCAAAACGUAUCGGAAAGCUUUCAAAAGACCCAUACACCUGGUGUUUCAGAUGGAGAUGGUGGACCACUGCUUGUGAAAAUGAAUAUUGGCUCUAAAAAUAAGAAACGGGUGGUUCUGCCCAGCCGACCUGAGCUACCCACUGUGGAUCAGAUCCUGGAGGACAUCAAAAAAGCUGCUCCUGAUGAUCUGGUUUUCAGCAUCCUGGAGAAAACUGAACAAGACUCGUCCCGGCCUGCAUACAGCGAGGCGGAGCUGCGUUUCCAGCAGUGUCGUCGGUAUUUGGAGCUGAACGAUCAACAGAAGGAGGCUCAGGGUCAUUUGCAGAAACGGAGGGAAGAACUGCAGGCGGCGGGGGAAAAGCUGUAUACAACGGUGGAGGAGGUCAUGGGUCAAGUUUGCUGACUCAACAUUUGAGACUCUGGUUCUUCUCUCGGGACACUUUCACUGAACUCUUCCCAUGGAAACCCUGACAGAGCUGUGCAGGGGCCUUUGAGUCAGAUGCAGUGGGACAAACAAUGUUGGCUGACCUUUGACCUCACAUCUAAGACAUGUGAAUGGUCAUGAAGUGCAAAACAAAUAAAAAUGACAAAAUAUAUUGAGAAAGAAUAUUCAUUUAUUUCAAUAUUGGAUUUUCAUGUAUGUGCAGAACUCUAUUCUUUUUAUUUUUUAAAUGAAUAUUAAAUAAAGUUCAAGCAUAAAGCAGUGUACAUAAAAUAAAUAUAUGAAAACAAAAAUAAAACUGAUGAUGAAAAUAA